AUGACUCAUUAUAGUAAACAUGGUAAUUGACUUAUUUUAUCCAUCUUAGAUCCUAGUGGUUAAUGGUCAAGAUUGAUUGACAGAUAAAGAAUACAAUAAGAAACUUAAGAAAAGUAGGAGAAAGAAGAAUAAGAAAAUAGAAAGCGGUUAUAUAGGUAUAUAAUAUAAAUGAAAAUAGAGAAGAAUUGGAAAGAUUGAUUAAUGAAUAGAAACAAUCAACUAUUUAGAAAACAAAAUACGAUUCUGAAUUUGCUGGAGCUAUGCAGAAAUUCUUACAUGAGAGAGAUAGUGUUGAAUAAUUGAAAUUGUAAGAACUUAAAUAAAAAUAAUCUGAAUUUAUAAGAUAUAGUCUUGAAUAAGAAUAAAUGAAGAAAGAAUAAUAAGUAUCUAUAUUUUUUAUUAUUUUUAAGCGAGUUAACUUUUUAUAGGAUAGAUAAUAACAAUUUUAAAUUGGAUAGAUGAUGGAUUAAGCAGAAAAAAAGGAUAUAUAUCUAAAAUAAUAGAAAAAGGAAUAAGUCCAAAAAGAUUUAGCAUAAUCUUAUGCUUAAUAAGAGGAAUAAAAAAAAAUGGAUUAAUAUUUGGCUAGAUAAAGAGAAUAAUAAAUUCUAUAAGAAUAAUUAUAAAGAAGCCAAAAAGAAGAAGAGUAACGAUUAUUAGUAAUCAUUAAUUCUUAUGAAUUAGCAUCUAAGCAAAAUUAAGUAUGGAUAUCAUUAGAAUGAAAAUGUUUUACAGAAGUAUAACGAUCUAUAUUUACAAAAAGAGUAUAAAGAUAAAGAACUUCAAAGAAAAUUUGUUGAAGAAGCUGCUUCAUAUAAGUAAAGAUAAGAAGAAGAAAAAUAUAUUAUGGAAAGAGUUAAUAAAGAAAAAUUAAAAAGGGAUACUGUUGACACAAUCUUAAAUCAAAUUCACUCUAAACAGCAAAGUUAAAGAGAAUAGUAAAAUAGCAAAUAUAAAGAUCAAGAAGUUUUGCUUGGACUUCAUUAAAAAUUUUAAAUGCAAGAAAAAGAAUAAAAUGAAAAAAAGAAUAUACAAUAAUCUUAAUAUAGAUAAGAUUUAAUUAUGUAAAUUGAAGAAGACAAAAAUAGAAAAUAAUAAGAAGCAUCUAUGAGUAUGGUAGAAUUAAAUAUGAAUAAGAAAAUAUUCGAAGUAUCAAAUACACAUAUAUAAAAUAGGCAGAAGAUGAUCCUCAAUAAGCUGGUAUUGGAGUUGUUCCUGGAUUAUCUAAUCAUGUUGAUUAUGAAAAAUUAAAAUAAAAGUAAAUUUAUUAUUAUAAUCUAUAAGAGCAUAUGUGGAUGGAACAUUUAAAAAAUCUACUGAUUAAUAAAUGCAAUUCAAGAGAUUAAGAAAUGUAAGUGCAUAUAUUGCAGGCAAUAAUGUUACUUAAAAUUAUGGUUAUUGA